AUAAAUGGACAAGGACAAACGCAGUUGACAGAUCAAUGGUAUCUGGGGUUUUGCAAUGGCUAGAUUUCUAAGAUCUAACUUCAGAGGUUUCCUGGCCACCCAGAUCAGGAUGUCAUCCGACCAGCUGGGGGAACUCGGCAAAGGAGCGGGGAAGGGAGGAGGAGGCGGAGGGGCCGUGAGAGAGGCCGGUGGGGCCUUUGGGAAGAAGCAGGCGGCAGAGGAGGAGCGUUACUUCAAAAUGAAAGAGCAGGAGCAGCUAGCUGCACUGAAGCAGCAUCACCAGGAAGAGAUUGACCACCAUAAGAAGGAGAUCGAGAGACUGCAGCGAGAGAUCGACCGCCACCAGGGCAAGAUCAGGAAGCUGAAGCAUGACGAUUGAGCCCUCUGGCAGAAGCACUGCCCCCUUCCCCACCCCUUCCUCUACCACCCAGAGAAAUCUGAGAUGUCAAUGCCAAAACUUAACUUUGCUGUCAUAGGUACAAAUGUUUAAUCUGUGAUUGUACAUGCUUGAAGCAACUAUGACAAAAAUAAAGUGCACCUAUCAUUUUCCAAAA